GUGAGCCCCAGAGCAUAUUUUGUCACUUAGCGGCGGCUCUCCUCAGGACCCAGGCGAAGAGAGCCCUGGGCGGAACCAACGCCACCAUCCUGUGAUCGUGACCAGCGCGCGGAUGCUGCGGGCAGGGGGCUGAAGGGAGCGGGUCGUCAGACGCCGGCCAGCCGCCCGAGGAGUGAAAACUAACAAAGGGCUAAUCGUGCACCAGAGCCCCCCGGAGCGGAAGCAACGCCUCCCCGCCUCCCCCGCCCCGCGACCCUCCCCAAGUUCGGGCCGGCAGUGGACUCAAUGCGGGGCCUGCGGCCAGGCCGGGACCGGAUUCGCGAUCGGGAUGCUGGAAACAGAUGCUGUUAUCAGGCACAUCUGCUUUGGGGCUGGAGCUGCCACUGUGUUUGGCCUCUUCAAAAAAAUAACAAUUUGUGACAGAUCUGCAAAAAUAAAUAUAUUGACCCUAGAAGGAUAUCUGGUAUAUGACCAGACAAUGACAGGGUACCUCCAAAAGCAGCCCUACUUUGGAGCAGUGGUUGGCAGGGUGGCCAACCGAAUUGCCAAAGGAACAUUCACGUUGGACGGGAAGGAGUAUCAGCUGGCCAUUAACAACGGGCCCAACAGCCUGCAUGGAGGAGUCAGAGGGUUUGAUAAGGUCCUCUGGACCCCUCAGGUGCUGUCAAAUGGAGUCGAGUUCUCACGGGUCAGUCCAGAUGGUGAGGAAGGCUACCCUGGAGAGUUAAAAGUCUGGGUGACGUAUACACUGGAUGGCGGGGAGCUCGUGAUCAACUACCGAGCACAGGCCAGUCAGACCACUCCGGUCAAUCUGACCAACCAUUCUUACUUCAACCUGGCAGGCCAGGGUUCCCCGAAUAUAUAUGACCAUGAAGUCACUAUAGAAGCUGAUGCUUUUUUGCCUGUGGAUGAAACCCUGAUUCCUACAGGAGAAGUUGCUCCAGUGCAGGGAACUGCAUUUGACCUGAGGAAGCCAGUGGAGCUUGGAAAACACCUGCAGGAGUUCCACAUGAAUGGCUUUGACCACAAUUUCUGUCUGAAGGGAUCUAAAGAAAAGCGUUUUUGUGCACGGGUCCAUCAUGCUGGAAGCGGGCGGGUACUGGAAGUGUACACCACCCAGCCGGGUGUCCAGUUUUAUACGGGCAACUUCCUGGAUGGCACACUGAAGGGCAAGAGUGGAGCAGUCUAUCCCAAACACUCCGGUUUCUGCCUUGAGACCCAGAACUGGCCUGAUGCAGUCAAUCAGCCCCACUUCCCUCCUGUGUUGCUGAAGCCUGGUGAGGAGUAUGACCACACCACUUGGUUCAAGUUUUCUGUGGCUUAAGGAAGUGUAAAGAUGUGACCUGCUCCAGGGCCAGGCUGGGAGCCCCUUCAGCAGCCUGUCACCUAUGCAGAGAUGAGAUGAAGAUUUAGAGGCUUUAAAAGUGAUCCUGUGAAUUAAAAUCAUACAAAUGGUAGCUGUCAUGAUAGUCAGUCUGAAUAGAUUCCUUCCCAAAGACUGGCUCCAGGCCAGGUCUAAAGAUCAGCUCUGUUCUCCGUGCAGUGAAGAGGACCCAGCCAUCAAUGUCAUCAUCUAAGCCUUGACCGUAGCCCAGAAGUGGUAACUGAGCUCCUUGUGUUGGCUCCAUCUCGCCAUUCUGCCUCUUUCUUUUCUACUUUUCACCCUUUCUUUCUUUGAUCCUACUCUCAUUCCUUUUCUUUUUCCUCCUUCUCUACCUUACACCACCUUGCACUGUGCACUUUGGAGUUUUCAUAGGUCACUUAGCUCAUUCAACCUGCUGGCAGAAGGACCUCUCUGCCCCGAUACGGCAACAGAUAAUGGAGAAGUGAGCCAGCUGAGGCUUAGAGGGGAUAAAUGACCCACCUAAAGGCACAGAGCUAGGAAAAAUUUUAGCCAGGACUCGAGGUCAGGUCAUGUGAGUUCAAGUCCCCUUUGCCUCCACUCGUCUUCCAGAGCAUUCCGAGUGUCACUGAUGGGCAAAGGGGGGUCUGACCCUCACUCUGUUAGAGCCAUCCUUUCUUCCCAGAUUCACUUUUAUAAGAAGCUUUAGUCUGUCUCUGAGCCUACAGAUGGUGUGACUUAAAGUGCAAGAUCAAAAUGUCCAGGAAGAAUCUGUAAAUUUGAUUCUCUGCCUUUGGGGUUAACUGAGAAAGCCCAGCCCAGCCAAGGCAUGGGAAGGAAGCCAUGGAGACAGGAGUUGUGUUAGUGUGAGGAGGGCCUUGACUGAGGAUUGCACAUUGCACCGAGAACAGAUGUUGUGUUACGUAGAUCAGCCUGGGCUUCCCUCCUUUCCUGAAUAACUGAAUCAUCAGUGAUGGGUUUGGGUUGGUGGUUUUUAGAGAAAUGUAUCUUAUACUAUUAUACACUAAUAAUCGGUUGAAAUAAAAUCAAAAUCUGCAUCUUCAGAAAA